AUGCGCUGCCUGGGUGUCCUGGCUGGGAUCUGCAUAUCCCUCCGAUUGGCCACAGGCCUUCUAACCAACUCCAGCUCCUUUGGAACUCAUCUCCCUUUGGACACUUAUGAGCUGCAUUUGAAGGAGCUCCUCCAGCGGAUUCUGUGGGCAGCAAAUGUCAAGAGAUGCUUCAGUGUCAUCACGGAUGAGAUUCACUAUCCCAUCUAUGACAGGAGAUUCUUUGAGGCAGCCGGAAGACAGGUUGUUCCCUUCUUUGCGUUAAGGAUUAAUGCCAGCGAGGAUCUGCUGCGUCCCUCUAAACAAGUGGAGGUUAUCCUGGAGGCCAUCAAGGCCAGUGAUUGUGAACUUAAUCUGAUUACCAUAAUUAAUGGCUGGCAGGUUCAGCGAUUUCUACGUUACAUUUAUGACAAGAGGUCCUUGGUUGCCCAGAGCAAGUUUAUCCUUUUGCAUGACUCCAGACUCUUUGAAAGGGAUAUGCUGCAUUUGUGGAGUGUGUUCUUGGGCACGGUGUUCCUUAAAAGGCAAUUGGAUAAUAGAUUCAUCAUCUCUACAAUAGCUUUUCCUGGCAUUUUAAGCGGUGUUUUAGUUUUGAAAAAUAUUGCUAACUGGGAAACGGGUAAAAGUGUCAAUGGAAGAGACCUUUUUGCAGAUAAAACAAGUAACUUAUAUGGUGCCUCUCUCCCAGUGGCCAUUUCGGAGCAUGUCCCUAUGGUCAUGUGGUUAAAUACCACAAAUAGUUACCAAGGCGUUGAAGUGGAGAUCAUGAAUGCCCUGGGCAAGUCUUUAAAUUUCAAACCCAUUUACUACAAAUCAAAUCAAAGUGAAAAUGCGGAAUGGGAGCUAGGAGAAGAUGGUUAUGGAAAUGAAUAUAGUGAAAAUGAGACCAGAAUUGAUUCCUUGCUUAUAGAAGAGGUGGCUUCCCAUAAUGCUCGCUUUGCCAUUGGAGACUUGCAUCAGUUUCAGGUGUAUCUGCAAUCUGUAGAGUUAAGUUUACCUCACAAUUUCGAUUGCUUGACCUUUCUCACACCUGAAUCCUCUACGGAUAACUCCUGGCAGACCUUUAUCCUGCCCUUUAGUGGUGGCAUGUGGGCAGGUGUCCUGCUCUCCUUAUUUAUAGUGGGCACUGUGUUCUAUGGCAUCAGUUUCUUGAAUGCAAUCCUUACUAGAGGUGGUUCAAAGGGUUUUUUUCGCUGCCUUAGAAGAAACCAUGGGGUACCCCUUGAUCCAAAGAUAUAUCGACGUCUUAGCUUUAGGAUAGCCAUAGCUCGUUAUCGUCCUUCUGCAGGAUCUAGGAGUGCUCGUGAUCUUUUUGAUGAUUAUGCAAAUUGCAUACUGCUUACGUAUAGUAUGCUCCUCUAUGUGGCCUUACCUAGAAUGCCCAGGAAUUGGCCAUUAAGGGUUUUGACGGGUUGGUACUGGAUCUACUGCAUCCUCCUGGUGGCCACCUAUAGGGCCAGCUUUACUGCCAUUUUGGCCAAUCCUGCAGCGAGAGUUACCAUCGAUACCCUGGAGGAUUUGCUGCACUCCCACAUUCAACCCUCUGCUGGUGUCUCGGAAAAUCGUCAGUUUUUCCUGGAUGCCACCGAUGAGGUGGCCCAAAAAGUGGGCCAGAAAAUGGAGGUGAUUAGCCAAAUGGAUGAUCUGACAGCACGUAUAGCCAAGGGUCAGUGUGCCUACUACGACAAUGAGUUCUAUUUGCGAUAUUUACGAGUGGCUGAUGAUUCUGGAUCUGGAAUUGGAUCCACUUUACAUAUCAUGAAGGAUUGUGUGGUCAAUAUGCCCGUAGUCCUGGCCAUGGAAAAGAAUUCGCCUUUAAGGAAACGAGUGGAUAGCUCUAUACAACACAUGGCUGAGGGGGGUCUGAUAAACAAAUGGCUCAAGGAUGCCAUACAGCGAUUGCCCGCAGAGGCUCCUGCCCAACAGGAGGCACUGAUGAAUCUACAGAAAUUCUGGAGUUCCUUUGUGGCCUUGGGCAUUGGCUAUAUCCUCUCCAUAAUAAUCCUUAUGAUAGAGAAAUGGCAUUAUAGACAUAUUGUAAUGAAACAUCCCAUGUUUGAUGUCUAUAAUCGAAGUUUAUACUAUAAUUUCAAGAGAUUAUAUCCGGAACAAUAA